CCGGCCUCUUUAAGGACUCGCUGCCUUCUUUUCCCUUCCCUAGGGGCCUGCCGGCAGGAUGAGGAGCCAAGGGCAGAAACGCUCAUUAAAGACGAAUCCCCGCAAAGGUCAGUAGGCGCAGCUCCCCGCUGGCAAGCGCGGUGCACGCCGGGAGCUGGAGUCGCAGCCCGCGCCGGGCCGUGAGGGGCGGGGCCGGCGCCUGGGCGCGCAGGCGCAUCCCGCCUCCCGGACAGCAUGGCGGACACAGUGCCUCAACCGGCCAAGAGAAAGCGGGAACGGGACGCUGAGGAGGCGGAGGACUCCAGCACCGUGGACAAGGAAGGAGGCGUUGGAAAUGGCACCUCUGCCCCUGUCCGCCUACCGUUCUCCGGCUUUAGAGUGCAAAAAGUGCUGAGGGAAUCUGCGCGGGACAAAAUCAUUUUUCUGCACGGGAAGGUGAAUGAGGCCUCUGGGGAUGGGGAUGGAGAGGAUGCUGUUGUGAUCCUGGAGAAGACGCCAUUUCAGGUGGAGCAGGUGGCCCAGCUCCUGACAGGCAGCCCUGAGCUCCAGUUGCAGUUCUCCAAUGAUAUCUACAGCACUUACCACCUGUUCCCUCCAAGGCAACUGAGUGGUGAGCAAGUGGUGGCAAAGGUGGCCACAUGUGGGGAGAAUGGGAUAGUGGGAAAUUAG